AAUUUCUUGAUUCUUAUUAGGGGGAGAAAAAUUGUAAAAAUGACGAAAGCGUUUGAGCUUCAGUGGCGGAUACCAGUUCAUCCCAAACUACUGGAAGGAAGCACGUUUGAUCGGUGGACAGAGGACAAGGACAACGGGAGUGAUCUGGAGGAAAAAUGUUUAUUUAAGGUUGAUUCUGACGGAUUCUUUAUAUUCUGGAAAAGUGAGGGUCGAGAAGGAGAUGUUCUGGAUCUUUCUCAAGUUAAUGAUAUCAGGUCAAACCAUAACUUCAACAAAGGGGUUCAUGAUAUAAGAGCUGAGAUUUUUAAGCUUAAACCCGAAAAGUUUGGAGAUAAAUAUCCUGAUCAAGCAUUUAUAAUCUGCUCUGGACUGGAUAUGGUGAAUUUAAACUAUUGCCACGUGGUGUGCCCGGAUGUUGCAACAGCUAACGUGUGGAAGGAGGGGCUGCGACCUCAAACUAACUCUAUCAAGAAGAACAAUAUCUGUCCUAUGUCCAGUUUACAACGACAUUGGAAGAAACUACUUCUAAACUCCACCGUUGAUGGCAAGGUGGCGGUCAAGACAAUUGCUAAAACUUUCGCGUCAGGAAAAACUGAAAAGCUCGUUUACCAAACCCUGGCUGACUGUGGAUUACCAAAUGAGAAAGGAAUGUCGAUUGAACCAGAUCUUUUCACAUUCGAGGUUUUCUAUAAAAUCUACCAGGCUAUCUGCCCCAGGACGGAUAUUGAAGAGUUGUUUAAAUCCUUGACGAAGACCGAGACGGUCGACUGCAUGAAGUUGGCGGAGUUUAUGAACGACAAGCAGAGAGACGGCAGGCUGAACGAGAUCACAUAUCCGAAAUACGGGAAGAAAAGAAUUCUUGAAAUAAUUAAUAAAUUUGAACCAAGCGAGGAGGUGAAAAAACAAGAGUCUCUCAGUCGAGAGGGUUUGAUUAGAUACAUGAUGUCGGAUGAAAAUGCUCCAGUUUAUUUAGAACGGCUUGAUAUUUACCAGGAUAUGGAUCAACCCUUGUGUAAAUACUAUAUCAACUCUUCUCAUAACACCUACCUCUCAGGUAAACAAUUUGGAGGAAAAUCCACUGUAGAGAUGUACCGACAAUCCUUGUUGGCAGGCUGCAGGUGUGUUGAACUAGACUGUUGGAAUGGGGAUGAAAAGGUGAACUUUGAGCCAAUAAUAACCCACGGAAAAGCUAUGUGCACGGAUAUCAUGUUUAAAGACAGCAUCCUGGCAAUCAGAGACUGUGCGUUUGUUACUUCUGAUUAUCCUGUAAUUCUAUCCCUGGAAAACCAUUGUAACAGGCAGCAACAGCUGAAGAUGGCAAAGUAUAUGGAGGAAAUAUUUGGAGAUCUCCUACUUAAAGAUUUUCUUAAAGAGUAUCCAAUGAAAAAAGGAGUAGAGAUGCCCCCUCCCAGUGCUCUCAAAAGGAAGAUACUGCUGAAAAACAAAAGAUUAAAGCUUGACGUGGAAAAAGCAGAGUUAGAACUGUAUCUUAAGGGAGAACUCCAGGCAGAAGAGGAAGCAGGUGAAAGUGCUACUGGGGGUGAUGCUGAAAAGAAACCUGAUGAAACAGGAGAUGCUCCAGCCCAACCAGCCCAUACUGGAGCCACAACUCUCAUUCAUCCUUUACUAUCCAGCUUUAUCAAUUACAUUACAUCCGUCAAGUUUACUGGCUUUGAUGAGGCUUUCGAGAAGAAUGAGACCUACAAGAUGUCUUCAUUUGCUGAAACCACCGCUCUUGGUUAUCUAAAGUCUCAGGCGCUUGAGUUUGUAAACUACAACAAGCGUCAGAUAUCUAGGAUUUAUCCGAAAGGUGCUCGUGUAGAUUCCUCCAACUAUAUGCCUCAGGUGUUCUGGAACUCUGGUUGUCAGUUGGUGGCCCUAAACUUUCAGACUCCAGAUCUGCCCAUGCAGCUGAAUCAGGGAAAGUUUGAAUACAAUGGUGGGUGUGGUUAUCUCCUUAAGCCAGAGUUCAUGUGCAGAGAGGACAAGCAGUUUGACCCUUUUGCAGAGACACCUGUGGAUGGAGUUAUUGCUGCGCAAUGCGAGGUCAGAGUCAUAUCUGGUCAGUUCUUAUCAGAUAAAAAGGUUGGAACAUAUGUAGAGGUUGACAUGUAUGGUCUGCCAGCUGAUACCAUUAGAAAAGAGUUUAGAACUAAGGUUGUUCCUGCAAAUGGACUUAAUCCAGUCUACAAUGAAGAUCCGUUUUGCUUUCGUAAAGUUGUUCUUCCUGAACUUGCAGUUCUAAGGUUUGGUGUCUAUGAUGACAACGAUAAGCUCCUUGGUCAACGUAUUCUACCAUUUAAUGAUCUUCAGAUGGGAUAUCGGCACAUUGCCCUUCGAACAGAAGGCAAUUUUCCUAUGGCUCUUCCCAUGCUGUUUUGUCAGAUUGAUGUUAAAAUCUAUGUACCAGAUGGGUUAGGUGACUUCAUGGAUGCCUUGUCAGAUCCAAGGGCUUUCCUUUCUGCGCAGGAAAAGCGUGCUGAACAGCUGAAAGCUCUUGGUAUACAAGAAAAUGAUAUUGGUACUGAUGUCAUUGAGGGCAAAAAAAAACCUGCUGCAGGAAAAGCAGGAGCUGCUGGAGGGGCGAAGAAGGAGGAAGAAAAGAAAGAAGAGAUAAAAUUUGAUCCUGUUACACCCGAUAUGAUCAAGAAAGAUAAGGGAUUCGUCAAAGCAAACAAAAAAUACUCCAAAGAAUAUGAGACACUAAAGAAAAAACAGAAUAAGGAGAUAGCAGAUGUAACAAAAAAACAAUGUACAUCCUUUGAGAAGCAAGCUAAAGGAAAGAAAAUCGAGAAAGCUGAGGAAGUGGAUGCAAAGUUGGUUGAGAUAGUAAAAGAGCAGACUGCGGAAUGGACGGAGUUAAUGAACACCCACAGGAAGGCGGAGUGGGAUAUGGUCAAGAUCCACCUUAAAGCCCAGGAGGAGAUAUUCAAGAAGCACAUGGAGGUGAUACAGGCCCAGCAGAUAAAAGAGUUGGAGGCGUCCUUUGAAAGAGAUGAGAAAGAGAUGAAAGCUGGUCAAGCGAAGAUCUCUGUAGAAACUGCUAAAGAUGUUCAGACUGAUGCUACUCUCAAGACUAAAGCAGAGAAGGAUAGAAGACUCAGAGAGAAGAACCAGGCUAAUACCAAGAAGUUUAUCGAUGAGAGAAAGAAUAUGGGGUUUAAACAGAACAGGGUAAAGGAGAAAUUGAAGAAAACCCACGCUGGUCAAAUUGAAGAGCUCGCUAAAUGGGUUGAAACCAGGAUCAGGUUGUGUGAUGAGGAAGCAGCUGAAAUUAAAUUUGCAAACAAACGCGAAGCUUUCGUCUGAUCCAGUUUAUUGAUAGAAUUAAAUUGCGAAUGCUAAUCUAGAAAUAUAUAAUUUAUGUUUUA